AUGGCGCGCCAGACAGAUGGCCGAUUUGACCAGGGACCAAGCGACGCAAUGCGAUUGUCCCCCCACAUCGGCUCCCCACACGUUGAAUCCUCUAGCCCGCAUGGAAGAGACUCCGAGCAAGGUCUCAUUCGCGACUUUGCGAACAUGCCCAACCUCGAAUCCCCUACACUGCAACCUUUGAGCCGACGUCCUACCAUCGGAUCUUCCCGCCGGACCAGUUCGCCUCCGAAUUCGGUAAAGGCCUUUGCCAACGCACGGCGACGAGGGCAAGAUACUGAUUCGCACGAUCCAAAAGCGAGCCGCAGACAAGAGGGCGACUUGAGUGGCGAGACAGAGGGAAUAGAUUACAAGAAGCAUGCCGGUGGUGGCCUACGCAGUGGCCAUGGACAACCGCAUGUUCGAGAUGUUGAACAGAUCUCUGGGGUAUUGGCUGAGAGCAGUUCUGGGGGAUAUAACAACAAGCGCGAAAACUUGAGGGAUAGGCUUGAAAUCGACUUUGAGUGUCUGGAGACAUUGAUCGAUGCGGAGGACCGCGACCACUUCAGCAACCCCGACUUUGAGAACCUCCCUGAUACUUCCAUUCCGACGGCCAGGCCCAUGUUCACAUCUGACGGAGACUACAUCGACACAGUGUCCGAGCCAGCCUCAGUUUCAAAAGAGAAAGAUACUACAACCCAAGGCCCAGCUAGAACUGCACACCAGGGGGAGCAGAGUCGUUUUAAUUUCUUUUCCUCUACACUAGAGUCGACCAUUCAUGCUGCAGAGCUUGGGGACCUCAUCUUGCCAGGAGAGAGCAUCAGGUCUCUGUUUUACCUACCCGAAGGGAAUUCUGACGGAGUCUGGUGGCUCAACAUGAACAGCCCAACCAGCAGCGAAGUUUGGACAAUUUGCAAAGCUUUCGGCAUCCAUCCUCUCACCAUUGAGGAUAUCAUCCACAAGGAAAGCCGCGAGAAGAUUGAACUCUUCCCGUCGUAUUAUUUCGCUUGCUUCAGGUCAUUCAUUGUUGUUGAGGAAGAUGGCGAAACUGAUUACUACCCCUUCAACGUUUAUGCCGUUGUCUUCAAAGAGGGAAUCAUCAGCUUCAGUUUUACCUCGAAUCUGCAUGCUUCGAGGGUGCGGUUUCGGAUCUCUCAACUAAAGGAGCAAGUGUCUCUGAGCAGCGAUUGGAUCUGCUAUGCCUUGAUUGACGAUAUUGUGGACUCGUUCGGCCCAGCGAUCAACCAGAUUGAGCAUGAAGCAGACGCAAUCGAGGACCAGGUUUUCAUCACCCGUGUCGAUGACAAUCAAGCCUUUCUCCGCAAAAUCGGUUAUACUCGAAAGAACGUCAUGAGUCUUAUGCGCUUGCUCGGUGGCAAGGCAGAUGUUCUCCGUGCUUUCACCAAGAGAUGCACCGAAGACUAUGAAGUCACGCCGCAUAUGGAUAUUGCACUGUAUCUCGGUGACAUCCAAGACCAUACUGUGACGAUGAUGAAUAGUCUGGUGCACUUUGAUACUAUGCUCUCGCGGUCACACAGCAACUACCUGGCGCAACUUUCAAUCGACAACAUUGAUAUGGGCAAUCGGACCAACGAAUUUUUGAGCCGUGUAACGGUUAUCGCCACCGUUAUCGUGCCCCUAAAUGUUGUUUGCGGACUCUUUGGAAUGAACGUCAAGGUACCCUGGAAGGACGAUGACAAUCUGACAGCCUUUUUUGGAAUUCUGGCCGGCAUUGUAGUCUUUGCAUUCCUCUCUGUUAUUUUGGCUAGGCGGCUCAAGUACUUGUGA